UUUGCUUAGUUUGAUGAAAUGAAAUAGUGAAACUUAUUAAACUCCAUUCCCUCUUCAACAACAAUAACUCUAUCCACUUUGUUUCCUCCACUCUCACUCUAUUGCCGCCACGCCAUGCCCAAACCUGGCGGUGGUUUCGGCCAGUUCGUCCAGAAUUACAUCGGAGAUCGCUACAAGGAGUUCAAUAAGGCUUAUGGCGAAACCGUUAGUGACAUUUUUGGUUUCCCCUUUAAGAUUCUCUUCACCCCUUUAACUCUUGCAAUCGACAUUGCUGGUUCUGCACCUCGUGGCUAUGGUGUCCCUGAACUUGCUUCUAAACUAUCUGCCGCUUCUGUUUUCGCUGUUGCUACUUUGGGGACUUAUGACAUUGCAUUAAAUUUGGGAAGGAAGGUGAUAUGUAAGAGGAACUGUGGGACGUGUAAUGGAUGGCAGGCCUUGCGGUGUACCAUGUGUCGAGGAAGUGGAAAGGUGCACUAUCAAGUGAAAAAUUGCACCUUGAAGAGGGGAGAGAAAGCGACUGCCGAGUCUGUUGCAGAUGCCAUUGUCAACAACCGGGCUGAGUUAGUGCAUAUACCAGCCUCAUUGGAUCCUCAGAUACCAUUACCAUCAAAAGACUGUCCAAUUUGCGAUGCAACGGGUGUAAUGGGCUGUCCUGAAUGCAAAGACAAAUUGCCGUUUAAGAUUUCAGCAGAUGGUAUUAUGGAGCCCCCAUGGCAAGCUUUAAAGGUUUUGGAAAAGAUGGAUUAUCCAUAUGAGCACAUAAGGCACAGCAUGAAAGAUCCCAGUAUUGCUGCAUUUUGGUUGAUUACCUUUCCACAGAUUAUGUCUGGAUCUACCUAUGGUGAUAAUACAAAGCAGGCAAUAUGGUCAGAGUAUAAGGAAUCUAGGCGGUAUGAUCAACUACGAGAUGAGGUGGCCAAGAGGAAACCAGGAUGGGAGUUUUUGCAGGAUGCCUUGAUAUCUAUAGAUCCUGACCGAGCAAGGGAUGAUCCUGUCAUAGUUAAAAAUGUCCCUUACUAUAAGGCUAAGAAGGCGCUGGAGGAAGAGGUUAUGAAGCUUGAUCCUCCACCACGACCAUCGAAUUGGGGUGAGCUUGACCUUCCAUUGAGGUCAUCAUCUUGGGGCGAGGAGGAUCUCAAAGAUCCAGAAAAGUUCCAGGAAAUGACCGUUCUUCUCAAAGCUCAAAGAGAAAUCUCUGAAAACAUAUUGAAUGUACAGUGGGAAACUAAAUGGCGUCAAGAAAAGGUGAAUGAGCUGUUGGAAGAAAAGGUGCAGCCAUUCCUUCAGAAUAUAGACAAUGAAGUUCUUUCUGAGCCUAUUCUAUUAGCAAAAAAGCAAGAAAAGAAACGUCGGAGGUGGUUCUUCUUUUGACACGGUGGGAUCACUUUUAUUUGCCAGGACAUGUUUGUAUCCAUAAUUUUGUAUACGCAGCACGCAGCGUCAAGCACACAUGUUGCAUUUGUCUGCCAUGGUCAUCAUUUUGCUGAGGAAACCAUUGUUGGUGACACAAGAAAUACAAUUUAUGAAAAGGAAACUUUUUUGUUAAGUCUAGAUGAACAGACAACAAACAGCAAAAACCUGCAUGCUCCUGAACCUAAGCUUAUGUUACACCUGUCAUAAGAUGUUAUAUUUAAAUUAUUCAUUUUCAGAUUGUUUUAUCUAAUGAUAUAAGUAUUUAUGUUAGUGUUU